AUGGAUCACAUACCUUCGCUGCCCAGAUCUUUCAAUGACAACACAGAAUUGUUGAUCUUCGCGGAUCUAUUCUCUGGAUAUGUUAUCGCCAAGGUCAGCGCCUCAAGAUCUGCACAGACGAUCACGGAGACCUACGAAGAAUGUGUUUUCCGUAGAUUUGGCGUGAGUGAGGUGGUCCGGCAUGAUCAGGAGCCGGGUUUCAUGUCCGAUUUCUUCAAGUACUUCAACAAGAUCUUGGGGCAACGCCAACGUGCCACCAUGGCUUAUCGACCCCAAGCUAAUGGAUCCGCGGAGCGUAUGGUACAGACAACCACCAGGGUUCUUAAGAUGUAUGUACAGGAUCUGGAUCAACGUGAUCGAGAUGAAUACGCCGAACGGCCCACCUUUGCGAUCAACACCGCAAGAGAUCGGAUCCGAGGUGAAACCCUUUUCUACAUGAUACAUGGCUGGGAUCCUAGAUCCACUCUGGAAGCGGUGAUUCCGGCUCGAGAACAGAUCAACCAACGUUUACGCGAAGCGAUUGCGGACCGAGCCAAGACACAUAACGAUCUGAUACGCCCACAUCCUGUGGAAGCUGGAUCAAGAGUCUGGUUGUACUUGGACUGA